CAACAUUAAAAACUAGUUUCCCUCUACGAUGAAAAAGUCUAACUUGCCUAAGUGACGUUGUCAACCUAAUUCAAAAAUCCAAAUCAUCAUAUUAAUAAUCUCUUCAACAAACAUAAGCCAAACGUUGUUGAAACGUCGUGGUCUGUUGAUUUGGCUCCAUUUGUGGAUUUAACUUGCCUAAGUCGUCUCAAAGAUAUCAAAUUCCAAAGGGAAUGAUCUCUCACCAGUGUCAAGCACCGGGAGCUUCCCACACACACAGACGAAACGAAAAUGUCUAUCGGAAAAAAAAUUAAAAAAUUCAAGGAAUACGGAAUACCCGUGGCGUAAAACUCGCCUUGAUGGGGUAUAAAGGACAGGGAAAGUCAUCAUCAACGGCGCCAACGUCCAGCAGUGCAUGCUGCGAUGGACAUUAUAAGACAAACUUCGACUCCCAAUGUGCACUUCAACACCUGUGCCCCCUGCCAUUUUCUAACCUUCUGAAUAGACAAACACAAGGUGAAAACGAAUUCCGAGAUUACAACGUACACAACAGGUGCAAUGGCGACGCGACUCGGUCGGAAUGGCCAAUAGAUUGGAGGCGCCGGCCUGGCGUCAUCUUAUAUCUGACUACUACUGUGAUUCCCCAGUCGCACCUAUACGCUAUGCUGCACGGGGAAGGUAUAGAAGAGACGGACUAGAUCAGCUACAAACAAAACUUGUAGCUCUAGCUUCCCUCUUAAUAGGGUGAUGACAAGACGUAACGAUAUAAAAGCGUUAUCAGCUCUACGAUCAAAUAGUAGAUUGCUAUACUUGGCACAGGUCAAUCCAUCAAAAGUGUGAAAUACGUGAAGCGAGGAUGAUGGACUCGUUCAAUGAAGACUCAUCUGUUGUCCAGCAGCAAACUGGAAUCGAUCCGACGAUCCGUGAAAUCAAUGAAGAGCGCACAAAUGAGGAGGCUGUUGAUUUAGAUCAUCCGCGAGGUCCAGAGGAUGAGAUAUCGGCCGAUCCAGAUGAAAUUGUAGCAGAAAAGAGCAUCUCAGGAAAAUUUAAUUCGUUGCUGGCGAUGGGCAAGACUCGGAAGCAAGGUCUCACUCGCCAGAGUGAGGCAUCCAAUCCUUUCAAAAAUGUCCUUUCGUUCGGCAAAUCUGGCAAUUCUGAAAACAAUCUAAACGAGUCGUCAACGGAUGCAGGGGAAGGAAACAAUCCCGACGGACCACAAGAUCCCGAUGGCGAGGAAAAUAAUCCCGGCGGCAACCAACCAAAGACGAGUUUCUUCGGUGGAAUUAAAAAUGCUUUGCCGUUCGGCAAAACACCUGGCUUAACUGGGAGGUCAACAGGGACUGCUGGAGGACCUAAUCAGACCCGAGCGACUGCUGACAGGACCACGAAUGGGUCCAGCAGGACUCAACAACAAGACAGUACGGACUUUGCCACCAUUUCCGGUGGCUUCAACAACAAGAAAACGUUGGCCAACGGCCUGAUGGAUUUCGCUUUCCUGACAGCCAACGCCAAUCAGCUCUACUAUGCCGUCGCAUCACGUAAUUCGGGUAACGAGCGAGUCGUCUCCAUCGUCCUCAUCUCUACCAGUAUUUUCUUACAGAUCGUAGCUGGCAUUUUGCUCAUUUGCAGCUCAUAUAUUCAAUCGAAACCGGUUCCGUCCAACGAUAACAAUCAGCAAGAUGCCACAACUAACUCGGAAGAUGCAGCCGAAUUGUACAAACGACGGCGAACACGUUGGCUCAAUUUGAUUGAUCACUGGACGAUCGCACUCGUUUUCAUCAUCGCCAUUACUAACAUUUUCAUAGCUGCAUUUUCCACUACAUCAACUCCUAGUACCGAUCCUCCUACCGACACUUAAUGUCAUUGGGAGCUUUGCAUGCCUCCAUUUCCUUUCAUAAUCACUUCGAUAAUUUUCAGAAACAUUCAGAAAAGGAAACGGCUGGUAUUUUAUCAACGGAUUUAAUUUGUCUUUGAACGACGGGCAAUAAAAAAGAAAGGGCCUCCUUA